AGAAUUUCUUAUUUCUUCAAAAAUACUUUCUGCCUCUGUUUCCAUUUCUGGAAAUACAACACUUUAAGAUUCCAUACAUCCAAGUGGUAUGUACUUCUAUCUGUAUAUGAAUUUAAAUCAGGGAUUUGAUUGAAAGAUCAGUGUGACAACAUUUAUUUUAUUUUAUUUUAUUUUCAGAGCACCGUCAAAAUGUUUGCUGUUGUCAAAUUCCUGAAUACCAACACAGUGGAUGCUGUGCCAACUAACUGGCUAGAGACAACUGAAAAGACUGUAUUUUGCUACUGGCCACAGAAGAAUGUUACGGCCAAAGUCAAAAGGAGAGAGAUACCAGAUAAAACACGUUGGGUCAAAUGUAAAGUCUCUGUUUUAACAUACACAGACACCUUACAACAAGGCCAGAGAAAAGGUCAACCAAGCAACAGUAACCUCUAAUUUGGAGAGUGACCAGGAAGAACAAACAGGCAGGAAGAUCGUUACUCCUGCUCGGUACCUUGACUCGGAUACAGAUAUAGAUGAGCCCUUAGCCAAGAGAAUGAAGAAAAAAACUGACACAUUUGACACAAUGGAUCAGACUCCAAAGUUGCCACCAAUGCCUGCGUUCACUCCUUCAAUGGAUUUAUUUUCAGGCAGACACCACCAGGAGUUUGCUUACAAAUUUGGAUGAAACCUUAAACAGGACCAUGUUACAGAGCAGUGGCAAAGAUUUGGACACACAUUUGGAUGUAACCCCAACUGCUACUGCUACAUUGUCACAUAGUAGGAGCAAAGGUUCCUCCAUUACCAGUACCAGUACGAUUCCGAAUGCAACUCCAAGUUCUCAAAAUGAUUCUUACAUACCACCGUAUGUAAGGGCCAUUUUCAUGAAACUGGAUAUGAUUGAACUGUCUGUCAAUAACAUUCAGUCAAUUCUAACCAAAAAAAUAAGUUCUGUUGAUGUGGAAUUGGAACCGCUAAGCAGGCAACUAAAGACACCUAAAGAACUUGAAGAAGCUUCAGAAAAAUUGAAGGAUUCAUCGCACAAAGGGAAAGUGGUUCAAUAUUUGUCUCUGCUGGGGGGGAAAACUCCUGGUGACUCUGUGAGACGAAUGAUGAGGAAGCUGGGAACUAAUGCCCUUUGGGCCAACUAUAGUUUAAAGGGUCGAAAGGGGAAAAGGAAUUUCCAGGACCUCGAUUUAUAUACCUCCAUAAUCCAGGCCUGCCACAAGAUCCAUCCCACAACUCUGCAGAAGACGAUUGAAAACUGUAUAGCUGAUACCCUGAGAUAUGCUCCUCACAGAGGGACUCAGGUGGACAAUGAAGAACUGUGUCAAGGCAAUGAAGACACACCAGAGGAGAGUGCCUUAUCUCAAGACAAGGAAGCUGCACCAGAGGAGAGUGACAUGUUAGAACCUGCUGGCUCUGAUUAAACACUCAUUCCAAAAAAAAGAAAGAAAAUAAAAAUGUUAAAAAGUUCUUUAGAAUGUUAAUUAUAGUAGUUCAUAAUUUUUCAUAGUUCUUUCUUAUGCAGUUUUUUGUUGCAGGUUUUUUCUUAUUUAUUUAUUUUUUUUACAAAUGUUUAAAGUUUUGCAAUUUUUUUUUAAAACAAAAAAAGCCCAAAAUUGAUUUUUUUUUUUUUUCACUUAUUAAAAUGUACCCUUUUUAUGUUUUAUGUGCACAUGUGAAGUGAUUAAAACAUUACGUUCUGCUGAAGCUGUUAUCAAAGCAUUGUUCAUAUAAACAUUGUCAUUUUAUUAA